AUGUCUUUUCCACACUGGCAUUCGGAAGACCCAAAUUGUGGGCCUGAUAAAUUCAUUCCUGUUCAACACGGUGAGAGUUCUAAAGAGAUUUUUAGAACUAAUUUAGAAAUAGAUGCGAUAGAACAUGAGUCUGAGCAACAAUUUUUCCAAAAUCAUCCAGAAGCAAAUUCUCAAAUGCAUCACGGAACUUUCAACUUUGAUCAGUUUAGAAACGAGUUGGAUCAUAUUAGACAUGAUAUGGGUCCAAGAAACAAGUGGGUAGCAGAUUUCUUAAAAGAGCAAAAAAUUUCACAACAACAUAAUCAUAUAACACAUCAUCCGUAUGACAAUAAUUUUGAGGAUUUUGAAAAAAUAUAUAAUAAUAAUUCACAACCAAAAGAUUCUUAUAAUGACAAUUGGAUUAAUGAAUUUGCGCAAAUUGAUCAAAUGGUGCACAAUCAAUCAAAUCCAGAAGAGAUUGAAGCAUUUGAAAAGGCAUUUGAUGAAGCAAAAAAAAGUGCUAUUUGGAAAUCCGAAUUUGAAGCUCAAGAACAGUCAUGGGCAACAGAGUUCAACAAACAACUAAAUGAAGAGUCGGCCAUAAAUGCAGAUGACUCAAAUAUGCAGCUAGCAGAAACUGCUAGAAAAUUGAUUGAAUCAGUCGAAGAAGAAGCAAAUCCAAAAUUUAAAAAUUCGAAUUUUAUGAAUUUUAUGAAAAAAUUAAGGGAUCACGAGGUUUCAAUUGAAGGUAAUAAGGUAGUGGAACAAAAUUUAUCUCCAAGCAAUGCAGAAUGGGCUGCAGAUUUCGAUUCAAAUAACAAAAAUAAUUGGGCAAAUGAAUUUUCAACAACUACACAACAGAAUAAAGGUAAAAAUAAAUGGACUGAAGAAUUUAUAGCUCAAGGCAAUAAUACCCAUGCAAAUAACUGGGCUCGUGAUUUUGCUGCAAAUAUGGAGGAGGACAUAGAUUUUGCUGCAAAAUGGUCAGAAGAAUUUGAAAAAUCAUUUGGAAAAAAAAAUUAUAAAGACAAGUCAUGGGAUGAGUUACAGGAUGAUUGGGAUAAAUAUACACCUUCUAGUAUGGGAUACAAGCCAACACCCUCUCAAUUCGAAGAAUACCAUUUCCAGUCAGCCAAUCCAACCCUAUCUAGAUCCACUAACACAUCAUCACAACUAAAACUUAGAGAAUCUAUUUCAGCAUUGGAAGCAGAAGUUCAAUUAGACCCAAAGAAUGCAAAUGCAUGGUAUCAAUUGGGCAUUAAACAACAGGAGAAUGAGCAUGAAGCACAAGCAAUAGCUGCUUUGAAAAGAGCAAUCUCGUUAGAACCUAAAAUCUUAGAUGCAUGGCUUUCAUUGUCAGCCUCUUACACUAAUGAAUAUCGUUAUGCAGAGGCAGAUAAUGCAUUGAAGUCAUGGAUUGAAAAUAAUGACAAGUAUAAUCAUAAUUUGGAAAGCCAACAUGCAAAAAUUGAUCAUAAUGAUCAACAUAGGUUUAUCACACAAUUAUUUCUGAAUGCUGCUAUAUCAAAUCCUGGAGAAAAUCUUGAUCCAGAUGUACAAAUUGGCUUGGGAAUCUUGUAUAACAUGUCAGAUGAAUAUUCCAAAGCUGUAGAUUGUUUUCAAUCUGCUCUUACAAAAAGACCAAAUGAUUAUGUAUUGUGGAAUAAACUUGGAGCCACAUUAGCCAAUGCAAAACAAUUUGAAAAGGCAGUAAAUGCAUAUUCAAAUGCACUUCAAAUCAACCCAUUUUUUAUAAGAGCCAAGUAUAAUUUGGCAGUUACACUUAUUGAUUUGGGUGAAUUCAAAGAAGCUGCUCAGAAUUUGUUGCAGGCACUUUCAUUACAGACUGGAAAUGACAAUUCAUUAAUGGUUUCAAAAGAGUUGGGGGAGAGUCAUGGUGUAUUAGGUGGUGAGAUGAGUUCAAAUAUUUGGAAUCAUCUCAGGAUGUGUCUUGGAUUCUUAAAUCGACCUGAUUUAUUUCAAAAAUGGAAUGCUAAAGAUUUGAAUGGGCUUAGACAGGGCCUUGGAUUUUAA